AAUGCUACUGGAAGCUGUUCAGCGCAGAGGCUGCCUCCAGGGAAAGUGAAGGGAGAACAGCCGCAGGUGUCCCCUGCAGUGCCUGAUGUGGGCGGUGGGCAUCAAGGAAGGCAGGACCAGGGGGUCAGCAGAGUCAGGGAGCUGCUGAGAGCAGAGCACCAGGGGGAGACAGGAAGUCAUCUUCAGCCAAUAACAGGGGACAGUUGUUAGAAGUGGGGAGGCAGCCCCUCAUUCCUGAGCGCAUCCGGCUAGGCGCGGGAUGGAGCACCAAUCUCACUCUCCUUUGGCCUCCAGGAACUCAGGCUCGGGAAGCUGGGCUAUUUAAACCCACCCAAGUGAAGCCAGGAGGCAGGAUCCUGCGAGCUCUGGCAGGGGGGUGGGAUUGCACGUGCUGCGAAAGUGUCCAGGCUCACCGGGCAGAGGCGAGUGGUGGUCACCUGGGGCGGGGAAGAUCCAAGCAGCUCUCAGAGCGCUUGGAGAUCGCUCCACUGCCCGGAGACUGCCAAGGAAUUGUCUUCGUCCCUUUCCACGCCCUGAGAGAAGGGGUCUUUGGUCGCUCCUACUCGCAGCUUUCGGAUACCAGACCAUGGAGACCCGGAGACUAUCGGGCCCAGAGCAGGAGCUGAUUCGAGAGAGCUGGCAGAAAGUGAACAGCAAUCCCCUACAGCACGGGAUGAUCUUAUUUACCAGGUUAUUCGACUUGGAGCCAGACCUACUGCCCCUCUUUCAGUAUAACUGUCGGCAGUUUUCCAGCCCCCAGGACUGCCUCUCUUCUCCUGAGUUCCUGGAUCAUAUCCGAAAAGUAAUGUUGGUGAUUGAUGCUGCAGUGACCCAUGUGGAGAACUUGUCCUCUUUGGAGGAAUAUCUCACCAACCUGGGCAAGAAGCACAAGGCAGUUGGUGUGAAGCUCAGCUCUUUCUCGACAGUGGGUGAGUCCUUACUCUACAUGCUGGAGCAGUGCUUGGGCUCCACCUUCAAUGUGGCCAUGAAGGAGGCAUGGACACAACUUUAUGGGGCUGUGGUACAGGCCAUGAGCCGUGGCUGGAAUGGGGAGUAGAAGUCCUCACACUCUCCAAGCCCAUUCUCUACAUUAUGAAUCCAUCUCCCCUUUCUGCUGAUCAACAUGCUCUCUCUCAUGUUGCUUGAUGCCCCAGUCUCCCUAUCUCCUCCUCCUUCUCCUCCUCCUCCUCCUCCUCUCACUCUCUCUGUUUCUGUCUCUGUCUCUCUCUGAUUC